AUGGCUCUUGGCCCACUUUUAGGUUUGCUGGUGCUCGGGACGGGUGCGCUGUGCUCAGCUCCCAGCGGUCCUUGGGAUGCUUUCAACUUCGCGCCGGCAUCACGGACUGUCUAUCCUACCUCGAUCCGACAAACCAGUGGCAAUGUCUCCAACGCAAACAGCAUCCUUUCGAACAGCAGCUUGACCCUCAGCGGUGACGGGUCGUAUGUCACGCUCGACUUUGGCUUUGAGGUUGGGGGAAUAGUCUCCCUCAACUUCGACGAGGUCUCCGACGACUCCUCCGUGGCCCUCUCCUUCACCGAGUCGCCGCUCUUCAUCAACCCGCUUGCCUCGGACGACUCCGUCGUCCCCUCCGCCAACAUGUCGUAUGAUGGCGUCCUCCACGUCGCCGCGCCGCUCCCGGCCGGGCACUGGACGCAGCCCGCUGCUCAGAUGAGGGGCGGGUUCCGCUUCCUCACGAUCGCCUUGACGUCGGACAGUUCCGUCUCGCUCUCGAACGUGUCCUGCGAGCUCAACUUCAUGCCGCAUGUGGACUCGCUGCGGAACUACUCUGGGUACUUCUACGCUGCUGAUCCGGAUUUUGUCGACCCGAACUUCUUGACGAGGGUGUGGUAUGCCGGCGCGUAUACGGUGCAGAUCAAUACCAUACCGCACGAUAGAGGACGCACUCCGAAUACCCCGUCUCCAGGCAUGUUUCUUGUCAUUCAUAUGGAGACUCCACUCAUUCCACUGUUGUUAGGUUGGGAAAACGACGCACCGAUAGGUAACACCGGUGCUGUACUUGUGGAUGGCGCCAAGCGCGAUCGCUCCGUCUGGCCAGGUGAUCUCGGCAUUUCCCUCCCCACGCAGUUCGUAUCCACGAACGACCUCAUCACCACGCGCAACGCCCUGGACACGCUAUACGCCCUCCAGAACGCGGCAGGCGCACUGCCUUACUCCGGGCCGCCGCUCAGCCUGGAGCUCGGGAGCGACACCUAUCAUGCAUGGACGCUCAUCGGGACGUACAACUAUGUCCUGUACUCGGGGGACGUCGAUUGGCUGCAGGGGCUAUGGAGCAACUAUACGCGGGGUGUAGAGUACCUCGCGGAGAAGGUGGACGAGACGGGGUUGCUGAACGUUACGGGUGUGUUGGACUGGGGAAGGAUCGGGCAGGGAGGACAUAACGCAGAGGCGAACGCAAUAUACUACAAGCUCCUGGCCAGCAGCGCGGACCUCGCGCUGUGGCUGAACGACACCGACCUCGCUUCCGCCUAUGCCGCGAAUGCGUCCGCGCUCAAGCCGGUAUUCAACGACGCGUUCUGGCAGGAGGACCGCGGUAUGUACCGCGACAACCUCACGACGACGUUCUGCGCGCAGGACGCGAACGCACUCGCGAUCCUGUUCAAUUUGACCGACUCGGCGGAACAGGCGGCGGCGGUUAGCGAGGGCUUGACGGCGAAUUGGGGCGUGUAUGGGGCGGUUGCGCCGGAGUUGCCGGAUACGAUCGCGCCGUUCAUUGGCGGGUUUGAGGUGCAAGCGCACUUCGUCGCGGGGGAAGAUGCGCGUGCUCUGGACCUCCUGCAUCGCGAGUGGGGAUACAUGCUCUACACGCCGCUCAGUGUGCAGUCCACCAUGCUCGAAGGCUACACGUCGAAUGGGUCCCUGUACUUCCGCUCCACCGAAGGCUACAAUUACGACGCGUCCUACACGAGCCACGCACACGGGUGGAGCACGGGGCCCACGUCGGCGCUCUCGUUCUACGUCCUUGGACUGCAGGUCACGGCGCCGCAGGGCCGGACGUGGGCCAUCGCGCCGCACACCGCAGGCCUGCCGUACGCGGAGGGCGGGUACGAGACGCCGCUGGGGUGGUUCGGCAUCAAGUGGGCGUUGGACUCCGAGGAGGGCUGGUGGAAUGCGACGGUCUCGACGCCGGAGGGUACUCGUGGGAGCUUGAAGCCGCCGGUGAACGGGACGGUUAGUGUGGAUGGGGAGGCGGCAGAGGUGGAUGGGUUUGGGGUUCUGCAGCUGAGCGGGGGAAGUCAUGUGGUAAUCGUACAGAUUGCAGCAUAA